CAUCAUCCUCUUCUGUGAGAACGUGGUGGUGGAUUUUGACGACGUGCGAGACAACCGGGAGAUGCAUGGCGACAAGAAGGGUCGCAUCUAUCUCACCACCCACCGCAUGAUCUUCAUCAACGACAAGAAGGGCGACAAGUGUGUCUCCUUCAGCUUCCCCUUCUGCACGCUGCAACAGGUGGAGCUGGAACAGCCGCUGUUCGGCGCCAACUACAUCAAGGGCAAGGUGCGCGCGCAGCCUGGCGGCGGCUUCACGGACGAGGCGCGCUUCAAGCUGACGUUCAAACAUGGCGGAUGCAUCGAGUUCGGACAGGCGAUGCUGGCGGCUGCAAAACUGGCGGGCCGGCACGCGGCGCAAGGCUUCGCGCCGCCGCCCUACACCCCGCACCAGGGCAACGUGUACCCGGCGCCGCCGCCGGCCUACUCGCCGCCGCAGCAGGGCUUCUACGGCUGGGUGCCGCCGUACGCGACCUUCCCCAACCAGCCGCCGGCCGACUCGGUGUUUGUGCAGGACGCACCCCCGCCGUACCCCGGCGUGGCCGGCUACCCGGGCCCCCCGGCGCAGAACGGCGCCGCCGGGCCGGGCGCCUCCGCCCCGCCUCCGCUCGGCUUCUACGCGCCCAACAACCCCGGCACCGCCUAUGCGCCGCCGCAGCCGCACUACUCGGGUUACCCGCCGCAGCAGGGCUACCCGCCGCAGCAGGGUUACCCGCCGCAGCAGUAUUACGGGUACCCCCAGCAGCAGCAGCCGCAGAACCCGGGAUACCCUCCGUAUAACGAGCCGCCGCCGGCCUACAAGAAGAACAACUGAGCCGGCGUCGGCCGAUCGGCGCCCGGCUGGUCGUCCUGCCGGGGCUGCCGGCGGCCUUCUGAGGAUCCGACCGAGAAGCGGCCGGAGCGUCGCGGUGCGGCCGCGCCGGCGAGCGUCGCCUGCUGCCCCGCGCGGGGUCUGCCGCCAGCUGCGCCCCUGGGGCAGGGGGGGGGGGAGGAGCACGCGCCGGGGCCCACGCCGGCAGAAGACGGGUUGCCGGCCGCUGGGUCGCAGCUGCGCGCAACGCAUCUGGGGAGGGGUGGCAUGUAGAUAGUUUGGGCGGCGCGUGGCCACAGCCGAGCUGGAUUCUCGGCGACACCCAGAGCGUAUCUGCCUGUGCGCGCGCCUGGCUCGAUUUGCCCACGCCCUUAUGUUGACGUGUUGUUCGUGGCGGAAAAUUACGGUCAGCUUUCGCGUUGCUUCGGGGAUGGAAACCUGUUCCGACGCUUGUGUUCUUGUAUGUGUAGGCUCCGUCCGUACACGUCAAAGGAGAUGCUUAGCAGUAGCACUAUGUGUCAGUUGCAACCUGAAAGUUGUUCUGACUGGCAUGUUACUGUUGUACAUGCACUAGUUGUCACGCAUGAAGUAAGAUGGCAUCUUUUGCUUCUCAUUAUCCCUUGCAAGACCCUGUGGAUUAAAUUGUGGAAGCAUGCUGCAUCUAUGUAAGAUAUCUAGCAGUGUCUUCUCAAAUAACACAACACUUUUAUCCUUAACAUAGCAGCAACCCGUGAGCCUGGCACCAACACUUGGAGGCAUGCUGGUCCUAUAUGGGAGACAGACUGUUGCUAUAGUGAUACCUGAUAAAUUGUUGCUGAAGUGUGAGCUAAACAUAGGUGAUUGUGGCAGGUUGAAUGAUGCUUUUCAAAUGUAGUGUUCUCUUUGUUUUGACUGUCAUUCAAAUAUACCUAUAUCAGCAUCUGUUUCAAAUUUAGCUGCAUUGCCCAGGUGUAUGUCUAUCAGGGCAGCAUUUCUCUAUGAUUCAAGCCCUGUGUGAAGUUCGCAUUGAUGAUUUGAUGUGAAAUAUAUUUUCAGCAGGCAGUA